AUGAUCGCAUGCGGUUCACCGUUUGGUGGUGUCAAUCGUCUCCAACAUGACAAGGAACAACCGGGUAGUCCACCCCAAUGGCGUCCUGAUGCGGCAAGCGACUCGUGUCUCUGCUGUGGCAAUGACUUUUCCAUCUGGAUACGUCGUCAUCAUUGUCGCGCGUGUGGAGAACUCGUGUGUGGCGAGUGUUCCCCUUUCUCGGUGCGGCUGCCGGAACUUGGUUUUAAGGGCCGCGUGCGUGUGUGUACUCACUGCCACGCACUGGCUGAGUCCACACUGGCUUCGUCCAGUUCCAUGAACUCACUCUUCGGUCUCGAGUCGGCGGCUGCGUCCAGUGAAUUCUCAGACAAUGAGCUCCCGGGUGACGUCGACGAGGAGCUUGUCUUUUGCGCCGUAGAGGUGCUGGCUCUGACGUCACGGAACAAACGUUCCAAAGUACAAUAUCAAUACUUUGUACAGUCGGAAGCUGUGAGCUGGCUCAUGGAUGCUGGCAUCAUGUCGAACCGCACGGGAUGUGCUGCACUGUUCCUGCGUCUGGUAGACUAUGGCUACGUGACGCUUAAACCCUGGAAUGGCUCAGGCCGCAGUGCUUUUUACAUUGUGAGCGAGGAAGUGACACUCGAGAACCGGUCGUCGCACUAUGACACUACCAUCCACUCGGAGACAAGCAAGUGUCAUAACUGCACGCAAUCGUUCCAGAAAGCACUUGCACCCGCAGAUGACUUCUGUUCCAUUGACUGCAAGACAAACGCGCUUAUUAGCGAGUCGGACUCGGCCCAUAUCCGCCGCUUUUGCAAUUGA